AUGGGUUCCAUAGGAGAGAGCCGCGAGUAUGAUGCCCUACUUAUCGGUGCCGGCUUCGGAGGCUACACAAUGCUUCCGAAGCUGCGCAAGUUGGGGCUGCGAGCCAAGAUAUUUGAACGCGGAUCAGGCUCUGGAGGCGUCUGGCAUUGGAAUCGGUACCCCGGUGCUCGCGUCGACAGCGACUCGCCGGCAUAUCAGUUCUUCGAUCGGGAGAUUUGGGAGGAUUUUACCUUCUCUGAACGAUUCCCUGGGUUCCGCGAAUUGCAAAAGUACUUUCAGCACGUGGAGAGAAAAUGGGACCUUCGAAAAGAUAUCGAAUACCACAAGAACGUCACCUACGCACACUGGGAUCCCGAGAGUCGACGCUGGGUGGUAGGCUGUUCUGACGGAACAACGACGCGAUGCAAAUGGCUGUUUGCGAAUGUGGGCUUUGCGGCCAAGGAGUACAAACCGUAUCUCAAAGGCUCGGCCGACUUUCAAGGUGAGAUGUUCCACACGGCUCAUUGGCCCGACCACGAUGUCGCCCUCAAAGACAAACGCAUCGCCGUCAUCGGGACUGGCGCCAGUGGGAUCCAGGUGAUUCAAGAAGCCGGUAAAGUCUGCAAGCAUCUCACGGUGUAUCAACGCACCCCUAAUUUCUGUCUACCGAUGCAGCAGCGUCGUCUGGAUCCUGUGGAAGAGCAGAGAAAGAAAGACAGUGGCCUGUACGAGGCGGCGUUCAAAGCGUGCGAAAAGACCUCUGCUGGUGUGCCGUACGAAUCGAAUGGCCGCAAGACCUUUGAUGAUACCAAUGAAGAGCGAGAAGCGUAUUGGAGUCGCCUCAUACAAGACGGUGGCUUCAAGUUUUGGGUCGCCGGUUACGACGACCUGACCUUGGACCAGAGGGCCAAUGACGCUGCCUACGACUUCUGGCGCCGCAUGGUUCUCAAACGGAUCAAGGAUCCCCAGAAAGCCCGGCUGUUGGCGCCAGAGGUUCCACCGCAUCCUUUUGGCGCAAAGCGUCCGUCGCUGGAACAAGACUACUUUGAGGUUCUCAGCCAGCCAAAUGUCGACAUCGUCGACGUGAACGAGUUCCCUAUCCAGGAAAUCAACGCAACGGGGAUUCGUACUGCCGGGGGGCAAGUCGAUGUGGACAUGAUUGUUCUCGCAACCGGCUUCGACGGCUUGACGGGUGGCUUCAUGGACAUCGACAUCCAAGGGAUUGAUAGAAAGACCCUGAAACAAUACUGGAGUGACGGAGUCAAAACUUCCAUGGGGGUCGCAAUCCCGGGGUUUCCCAACCUGUUCUUCCUGUUUGGGCCACAAGCGCCAUCGACCUUCUCGAACGGUCCGACCUGUAUUCAAUUUCAAGGCCAAUGGUUCGCAAAACUGGUCCAGAAAAUGCUCGACGAAGGUAUAGAAACAUUGGAACCCACCCAGGAAGCAGCAGACACCUGGACCGAGAAGGUUCGUGAGCGAUGGGAAGCAACUCUGCUCCCUCAGGGCAAGAUAAGUAUCUCUGCCGCUCCAGAGGUGGCCUUCACUGACAUUUCACACAGCUGGUGGACUGGUGCAAACAUCCCAGGCAAAAAGGUGCAGCCGCUCAGCUGGGCAGGGGGGCUCCCGUCAUAUAUGCAGAUGCUGUAUGAGACGCUGGAGAAGGAUUAUCAGGGCUGGAUUGUCGGAAAAUAG